AUGCCGGGCCGACUCCCUACCAAAGCUGACUUUCCGUCGUCAGCGACGCUCAGCAUCACGCCACCACCGUCUUCGCAGCCGCCCACCAACAUCUUGAUCCUCCUACACGGACUCGGCGAUACGAACGCACCCUUUACGAAGCUCGGUGAGCAGCUGAAUCUACCUGAAACAGCGUGUCUCGCCUUACAGGCACCGAACCCCGUGCCGUUCGACCUCGGUGGAAUGCACUGGGGUGAAGACAUGAUCUUCGACUCCAGUACCGGCGAGAUGGACAUGGAUACCGGUCUCCAGGGGUCAACACGCCUGGUACUAGACCAGAUCAUCCGCGAAGGUCUCAUUGGGAAAUGUGGCUACAAAGGACGAGAGAUCAUGAUCUUUGGAUUCGCGCAAGGCGGCAUGGUCGGAUUGCAGGUUGCAGCCGAGCUCGAGGAAGAACUAGGCGGGGUAAUAAGUAUCGGUGGGCCACUCUCACAAUCAGUGUCCCUGAAAGCUCUGCAGAACAAGAGCAAGACCCCGGUGCUGGUGUGCAAGGCAAACAAGAAGUCUGCAGUCACGGACAGUGCUACGACGAAGCUGAAAGACGCUUUCGACUAUAUCGAGUUCAAAGAGUGGAAGAAGAACGGCGACGGUAUGCCAAGUAGUCGCGAAGAGAUGCUGCCCAUUAUGCAAUUCUUCGCACGCAGGUUACGAAGUACCAAAGGAGUUCCUGCAGGUAGCGUUGAGAUCAGUUAG